AUGGAAGAAGAAGGGGAAGAUUCGUCACCAUUUUGGCUAGAAAGCACCACCAAUCUCCGCCGUGUUGACCGCUAUCGCCGCCGUGUAUCAUCUCUCUUCUUCAACUUUGGAGUCUUGGUCAUACUUCUGCUGAUAACCGCAGUUUUCUUACUUGUUUUCAUAAUACCUUCUCUUCUAUCUCUUACUACCCACAUCUUCAGACCAAAUACAGUGAGAAAAAGCUGGGAAUCGGUUAAUAUAGUGCUGGUUUUAUUUGCGAUUGCUUUCGGAUUUCUGAGUAGAAACAAGAAUGAUGACACGAAUCUUCAUGAAUAUCAUCGAGGUGAUUCUAACAUCACAAGCUCAGACCAAAAAUCCAGCCCAUCAACCCCACAUCAAUGGUAUGAUCUUCCAGAUCGGCCGGUGUACAAUAAUUCCAGCAAUGGGAUAGGUGGUUUGAGAAGGAAUAGCAGCUCAUACCCUGAUCUACGUGAGGUUUCAUCGCCGUGGGUCAGCUAUGAUGAUCUGCGGCGAUUUUCCGACGAUACCCAAGUGGAAGCUUAUCGUAUCUUUGACUCUGAUCAGCUUCAUCGUCAAUGGAGCUGGAAAGAGCUCGACAGACCACAUUCUAAUUCCAAGAAAAUGGAUGUUGAUAAGGAAGUUUCAUUUACUCAGCCACCAACCCCGUCGCCUCCUCCGCCACAGCCACCGACUCCGCCGCCAGCAGUCAAACAUAUGGCCAAGAGAACAUAUCAAAGUGUUGCACAAAAAGAGAGAUCGAACAAAAAAUCAGACAAUGACUCAGAACGCAAUGAACCCAAAACACCGCCACAGACUCCACUACCUCCGCCACCGCCACCGCCACCAUCGGUGGAACAAACCGAGCAAAAGAGAAGCAGAAGUGGCCGGAAAAGAACUGGGGCAAAUGCUACCAAAGAUUUCUUGACCUCACUCUAUCACAAGAAGAAGAAAAAGCAGAGACAAAGCAGUGUCGAAAACUUCGAUACUCUCCUUCAUCAGUCUCAAACUCCACCUCUUCAUUUCCAAUUACCACCACCAUCACCACCACCACCACCACCACCUCCUCCUCCUCCACCGCCACCUUCAGUCUUCCACAAUCUCUUCUCAUCCAAAAAAGAGAAUAGACGAAGAACUCUUUUAGCUCCGCCGCCACCACUCAUUGAAGCGCGUGCAUCAAAACCCAUAACCCAGAUUGCACCAGUCACCACCCACGAACCUCCAUUACCGGCAAAGAUCAACAAUUUCUACAUCACCGAAGAAAAUUCAAACAGCGGCGGAGAAUCACCACUGAUUCGAAUACCGCCACCUCCACCACUACCCCCGUUCAAAAUACCAGCCUGGAAGUUUGUGGUGCAAGGUGACUAUGUCAGGGUACGAAGCUUCAAUAGCUCUCGCAGUGGCUCUCCAGAUCCGGAUGAUCCCGGUUCACCGAGUAGCAUAUCAAGUGAAUCACAUGGCACAACACCUACAUUGGACGCUGCUGCUGCUGCGACGGCGGAGGCGGUGUUUUGUCCGAGCCCAGACGUGAACAUGAAAGCUGACAACUUCAUUGCAAAGUUCAAGGCUGGGUUGAAGCUUGAGAAGAUGGAUUCAAUCAACCAAAGACUUGGGGUGGGCUUGUCUAAUCUAGGCCCACGAACUGGCCCAAGUCAUGUUUGAACCUUUAGUAUAUAUUUUUUUUUUUGGAUAUUGACAUUUUAAUAUUUUUCGUGUAUUUUGCGAAUAUUGUGCUGAUUUUGG